GCGUCAAAAGGCAGUAGACUUUGACUGAAACAAAACAUACAUCAACAAGAUGCUCACAACGAGUCGACGGAGACACAAUCAAAAACGCGCUGCGACAAACAUAAUUAGUCGCUGCUUAUGUUCGCUUGGCGCCAAGUUCACGGUUUGCGUUAGCACAAUAGGGCGGGGCUGACUGAUAGGGCACCGCCACAAGUCGCGGCAAAGGCGUAGCACCACGUUCAAGCGACACGACACAAAUGGGCCGGCCGCGCCGCUUGAAUAACGCGACUGCGGCCGCGUCCUGCUUGGAGCUCCGUUCUCUCCAUGGCGGGCCCGGUUCGGUAAACUCGGCCGGGGCGUCCGUGGCCGGCUCGGCGUGCUCCUACCCGCCUGAUAGGGAUGCUGAUGACGACGAUGCGGUUCUUGAUGACUUUGAGCGCCGGUUGGACGCUCUGUUUGAGAAGAGAGGCACCACCCGCGAGCGGGCUCUGGAGGCCCUGGCCGUCAUGCUGCGCGUCGACGUGCGCGAUGCGGACUGCCAGCAGCACUCCGAAACCAUCAUCAGCCGCUGCCUGAUGGCGCUCAAGCGGGGCAGUGCCAUGGAGAGCAGUCUGGCCUCGCAGCUGCUGGGGCUGCACGUGCUCACGCUGGGGCAGCCAGACGACAGCCUGUUUGAGAGCCUGCGCCCGGAGCUCGAGCGCACGGCUAGCGGUGCCAAUGGCGGCGGCGGCGCGGUGGCAGCGGCGGCGAUGGACGCACUGGUGCUGGCGGCGUUUGUGCUGUGUGAGGAUGAACUGGCGGGCACACGGCCCGUCAUGGACCGGCUGAGGGCGCUGUGGAAGAAGGGUGAUCCCAAGGCCCGCGCCGCCGCUGUGCGCGGCUGGUCCUUCCUGUUCACCUCGCUGGACAGUGAGCUGUGCGAGUCGGAGGCGGCGGCCUGCCUGGCGGCGCUGGCGGGGCUGCUGAAGGAGCGCGAUAUGGAGCUGCGCACCGCGGCCGGCGAGGCGGUGGGCGUGCUGCGGGCCUGCUGCUCUGCGCGCGUGCUGGAGGCCCUGGAGGAGGGCGAGGAGGAGGAAGAGGAGGGCGAGGAGGAGGAGGAGGAGGAGGAGGAGGAGGAGGAGGAGGAGGAGGAGGAGGAGGAGGGCGAGGCGGAUGGGUAUGGGGAGGAGGUGGACCAGCAGCACAUGGACGCACCGGCGGGCGUAGAGGAGCACGAGAACGCUGCGGCGAACGGCAAAGCGAACGGCAAAGUGAACGGCGGUGGGGCCAAGGUCGGCAAGAAGCAGCCACACACGCAGCACCAGCACCAGCACCAGCAGGUGGAGGGCCUGUUGGGCCGCAUGCAGGAGCUGGCCUCAAACAGGGGCGAGAAGCUGCGCCUCAGCCGCCGCGACCGCGCCGCGCAGCGAUCCACCUUCCGCGGCCUGCUGGCCUCCCUGUCGGGCGGCGACACGCCCAGCGUGCGCAUCAAGCUGCAGCACGGCGACUGUCUGGAGCUGGAGGGAGUGGCGGCGGUGCACCGGCUGGCCUUCCUGCGCCGCUUCCUGGCGGGCGGAUUCCAGGCCCACCUGCAGCACAAUGCGCUGCUGCACGACGUCUUUGGCUUCCAGCCGCGCGCGGAGCGGCCCGACCGUCUGACCGCGCUGGAGAAGCGGCUCACACGCGGCAGCCAGAGCGCCGGUGCCAAGGCGCGCAGCGCCAACCGCACCUGGAGCCGCGAUGCCAAGGCGUCCCGCAUGAUGAUGGAAGCUUACUAGCCUUUACUUCUGGCUCUUGUGUUGAACAUGGCGGUCCGGUCAGGCGCUAGGCGUGCAUAGGCAUUGGAGUAGGAAUAAGAAUCAAGCCAGGCACGGGCUUGCAUAGGGCAGUUGGCUACGGUAUGCAUAGUAAAGUCAGGUGUUCUGAAUGAACGAGGAAGACUCGCCAUCUGCAAGCACGUGGAUGCGGAGGUUGCCCAGCCGUGCGCGGUGCUUACUGCGGCCAGCUGCGCUGAGCAGGCCGCCCAACCUAAGUGUUAAGAUAGCACUUAUUGCCAAAGGAGCUGCCUUCCUUGGAUAAGUGUGGCGAGCUUGGACACUGUGCCCAUGCGUCUGGCACGCCUAUUUGCCAGCGGCUGUACGUGCGGUGUGGACGGCAUGGUCAUAUUGCGUGCAUUCUGCUCAUCCUUCUCAUCCUGACCGUGCUCACUAUCUUGUCGUUGUCUAGGCUGCGCUGACUGCGCUGUGGGGCCUGUUCCUGUUGGGGCCGCUGCCGGCGGAUCAGCUGCCGAACAUGCGCCUGUCCACGGUGUUACUGGUGGCCCAUCACCAACGCUGCGAGAUGCAGAAGGCUAUGCAUCUCGCACCAGCACCAGGCAGUGCGCGAAGUAUGGCGGCGGCGUAAGAAUCAGCGGCAGCCAGUUGGUGGGCAGGAGGAACAGACAGACAGACAGACAGACAGGCGGAGGAGGAGGCACACUUUAACGAACUCGCUCAACGCUUGGCGGCAGCCGGCAGGGCUUUGCGUGAGCACUUUGACGUGAUGUGGGCGAUUGAAGCUGUCGUUGCGGACACCUCAGUCACAGCGUUGCAUGGCCAAGUCGGCAAUCGUACGUGCCCGCAACGACUGGCCCCACUAUUAGACAAUGCGAUUCUGACAUAUGCUGAUGUACGGUACGGUACUCAGUAAGCCCGGUGCUGAGCUCUUCCAAACAUGACCGUGUCCGUUGUAUCAGGUUGUA